AGGAAAGAAGACCGGAGGAGAGACUUCCUAGAGAAGUAGGGAUGUUUGUCGUACGCGUUAUUUGCCCAAUAAAACCACGUGGUGGGCUCUGGCAGGCUUGCGUCUCACGAACUAGGAGGGUAGACGAUCAACGUGGUGGAAGAGAAGGAGAAGGAAAGAAAGAGAGAGAGAGAGAGAGAAAGAUAGAAAGAGGGAGAGAGAAAGAGAUAGAGAAAGAAAGAGAUAUAAGAAUGGGGAUGGACGAAAGAGAUAGAAAGAGACAGAGAAAGACAAGGAGAAGGAAAAAGACAAAGAGAAAGAGAGAGAGAGAAAAGGGACGGUGAUAAAGACUCGAGAGUAGGGGAGUUAGUGAGAAAGAGAAGGAGACCAAGAGAAAUCAGAGACCACGCCUUACGAGCCGGUCGGCGCCUGCGUGGUUCCGCCUAUCGAGCACGCUUUCCUCCGUCAGCUAUCGUCCGCAGGGACGAUGAUAUCGUCCGUGACACCGUACGCGACGCACUACCGAGCUGGAUCCCAUUCGUACGGAUUCGUCGAUCACGCAUAUAUAUAUAUACAUACAUAUAUACAUACAUAUAUAUAUAUGUAUACGAUCUUGCCGAGAAGUUCAUUGUUGUUAUUACUUUUCGUUGUUGUUUUUUAAUCGGAUUUCGAUCUUCGUAUCUUUUUUUAAUCGUUUCCUUUCCGUUUCUCCGACUUCGUAUAACAUAUAAAUUUUCGUUCGCGUCGAUAACGACGAUAAAAUCUUUCUUUCUUGUUCGCGUCUUAGAUUUCAAUUUAUGUAUAUAAUAUAUAUACAUAUAUAUAUAUACAGAGAGAGAGAAAGAAAGAGAGAGAGAGAGUACGUAAAUACGUAUAAUUAUUUCUUAAAGCCAAUCGCGAAUAAUCUUUGAACGUUUCGAUAUAAAUGUGUGAAUAAUAAUCUAACGAAAAAUUCAACAUACCGUCAACGUUCGAGAUAUAUUGUCUCGUUUAAUUCUUCGUUGUUUGUUGUUUAAUGUUGAGUUUUAGUCCAUGGUGACUUGACAAUUUGGUUAUCCAAGAGAAAAUGCGUGCGUGAGUAAGUACUUGUAUACUUACUUACUUGCUUACUUAAUUAUUUACUUACUUACCACGUGAGACGACGUUGUCGCGAUAACUGAAGAUACGUUAUUCGAUUCCGGUGGACCGCCUGCGUGACUUCGUCGAAAUAAUAAAGGACGAUCUAUGAUCGAUCCGUGAUCUAAAGAUCGAUUUUUUUAGAUAAGAGAAAAAGUGAGAAAAAAGAUAAAAAGAAAGAAAGAGAGAGAGAGAGAGAGAGAGAGAGAGAGAGAAAGAGAGAAAGAGAAAGAAAAAGAGAGAGAAAGAGAGAAAUGCUAACCGUUAAGAUUUUCGAUAACGUCGUUGUGUAUAACGCAAGAUCUUUUUUCGAAUAUCUUACGGAGGAUAGAUUUCAACGAUCAGAAGAAGAUCGAGAGGAACAAUAGAAAGAUUCGAAUCCGGUGAGUGACGAUUUGAAACAUAAGAAAAAAAGAUUAUAUAUAUAUAUAUACAUAUAUAUAUAACUAUAAUAUAUAUAUAUAUAACUACGUGAAAUUCGUGAAGAAGAAGUUCGUGAUCGAUCGAACACGUUAUUAGAUUCGCGCGCUUUCGUUCGCGCCAUUGGAUUCGCGCAAAGGGCGCGAAAAUCUUCUCAAGUUCCGCAAAGUUGCGGAGGAGAUCGGGAAAGUGUUGUUCAGCCACGAGUCCAGGAUUCUCACCCCCGGAGGCGGCACCAUCUCGCCCGGGGGCGCGGGGCCACCCGCGAGCCCUUCUUCGGGACACUAUCGUCAACAAACACACAGUCCACCCUUGGUCAAGGACUUUGCCUUUAAACCAAUAGCAACGGGGGAGUCGUAGGAAAGGGUGAGGUGAGGAGUCAAGGGGUUGCUUGAACGUGUGCGAGUAAAGAGGUUAGGGCACGGGAGAGCAAUACCGCAUGCAAAGUUAACCUCCAUUAAAUGCGUUAACUCAGCGACGAGCAUGCUCCGAUGCGCUUAACCAAAAUACAUUACACCGCACUCGACGUGCUACGGAAGAGGCGAUAUCUAUAUCAUAUAUGUAAGAAACGCGAAAUAAUGUUCGUUCGAACGAACGCGUGUAACAAAUCGGAUGCGACUGCGUCGACGUGUAAAUAGCGGACGAAAGGCAAAGUAACCGCAAUCCCUUCAGCCCUUAUGGGUCGCGUAGAAGAGUAGUCGGAAGCAAUCGGAUGAUCGCACAAUAAAACACUGGCAUAAUGUUUCGUCCGGGUGGUUGAACACCGCAAAUACAUCUUUCGACCGCAUGCUGGUCUAUUUUGGGAAAGGGGAUGGAACGUUGCACGUUCCCCUAGACUUUUGAAACUGAGAAAAAAAGAGAGAGAGGGUGAGAGAGAAGAAGGAAGGGAUGACGAGACGAUGUUGGUGGUAGCCCUGACAGAAUUCGCUCUCUUGCUCGAGGGACACCCGUAGGCGCCCUUCGUGGAUUAGCCUCGCUACAUUUCGUCCCUUCUGUCGAUUGGAUCUGUUCACGCGCAUCAGACGAAUAACCAUCAGCAUCAACAUCUUCAACAACAACAGCAACAGCAACAACAGCAACAGCAACAACAGCAGCAACAAACGCAGCAGUCUUUGCAACAACAACAAACGUCGAGCCAAUCGCAAGUGCCUGGUGGGGGAGGGGGUGGAGGGCCGGGGGGUGGGACGGUGGCCAGGGCCGGAGGAAUGUUCUGCUACCACUGCCCCCCUGGUCUUCCGGCACCAAGGCUUCCACCGUCUUUGGAGUAUCCCUUCGCGCCGACUCACCCUUAUACAAGUUAUUCGGCUUACCAUCCGGCCUUGCACGGCGUCGGCGAGGAUUCCUUCGUAAGAAGGAAACAACGAAGAAAUCGUACGACCUUCACGCUCCAACAAUUGGAGGAACUCGAAUCAGCGUUCGCACAGACACAUUAUCCUGACGUCUUUACAAGGGAAGAUCUAGCUAUGAAGAUCAACCUUACGGAGGCCAGAGUUCAGGUUUGGUUUCAAAAUCGUCGUGCAAAAUGGCGGAAAAGCGAGCGGCUGAAAGAGGAACAGCGAAAGCGAGAAGGUGGAAGUGGUGCUGGUGGAGGAACGGGUGGUGGUGGUGGCGGGGGAGGAGGAGGGGGUACUGGAAGCGGCGUAGGCUUGGAAACUUCAGGAUUGGCACCACCAAGUUCCUCGUCCGCUGGUCCUAGUCCAACUGGUCACGAUCCUGAAGGUACUACGAGCAGCAGUGCUGCCGAUGCUGAGGACGUUGGUCCAGAGGGUGCAGGUGGUUCGAGAAGCCCAAGUACGACAUCCGCCUCUGUCAGUCCAAGGCCCCAGCCGAGUCAGCCGUCCCUGGGUGGUGUCUCGACGCCACCACCGACCCCGAUAAGGGCGCCGCCACCACCGCCGAGCACCGUAGGGGGCUUGGGACCACCCGCUGAGAGCACUCCCGGAUUAGGAGCAGGCUUUAGGCCAGUGGAACCACCGACGUCGCUCUUCUUUUCGCCGCAUUUGGCUGCACAAUUUUCACCGCCGCUAUUUGGUAGUAAGGUCGUCAGCAGCACGCCGACAUCGUUGUCCUCGACAACACCAUCACUUUGGAGUACAAGCGAUCAUCGACCUGGUAGCCUUCAAGAAAUGUUGUCUUGGUCACCGGCAGGCUGGCCGGGUUCCUUGUGUGGUUGCUGUAAACCCGGUACCGGUGAUCUUCAUCGUAGCAGCAGCCUAGCAGAAUUGAGAAGAAAAGCUCAGGAACACUCGACGGCCUCUGCGUUAUUAGGCGGUCUAGCUGGUUUUCCUGGUGGUUUGCCGUUACCCUUACAUCUACCAUUACUGCCACCACUGUUAGGUCUCUCUAGAAGACCGGAGAAUCAUCAUCAUCAUUUACCAAGCGUCGCCCAUCAGAUUCAACCCACGACGAAAGAGGAUCCCUAGGAUCAAUCCGAUCGUAGAUCUUCGUUCAAAUCUAAUAUAUCUUAUCUAAGUUUCCUCGAUAGCUCGGACCAGAUUAGCGGUUCUCGGAUGAAUGUUGAUUUUUUCUUUUUCUUUUUGUUUUUUCUUUUCUAUUUUCUUUUUUUUUUUCUUUUUCAUUCGAAAUCUUAUUAGACUUUCGUAAAAGUACGAAUAAAUUAAAUAAGUUUAACGUUGGUAAACAUUUCUAAUUGUUCGAGAUACUUUUUAAAAUCACGCUCGAGAUUUAUUAUAUUAUAUAAAAUAGCGUCGAUUUGCAUUUAUCCUCGUCCCUCGUGAACCAGCCCUCCUCAUCCAUUUACCACCCUCACCUUAUCUCCUAUUAGCGUAUUAUUUUCGUUCCUUUUUCUCGUUAAUUACAAAAGUAGAUGAUGCAUUGUUAAAAGUUAUUAUAGAUUAGCUGCGAAAUGAACGACGAGAAACUCCCCAAUGAUUUUGUGAUUUCACGUCGUUCUGUAAUUACGUACUGUUGUAAACAUAGAUUUUUCUUUUCUUUUUCUUUUCUUUCUUUUUAUUUUCUUCAAUAAGUAGAACUACUUGUUUUGCGUUGUUCUCACGGGAGGGAAAUUAUAAUAUACGAUUUUCAAUUCGAGCACGAUAAUUCAAUAUUUUCGUGAUUAUACGCCACUGUACUUUAAAUAAUUUUUGACGAUAGCGGAUUAACGGUAAGACGCGUAAGAUUAUGCCAGUUAAAGAUUGAACAUUUUUCUCCACAAAUUGUCCGUUUAAAUGAUCGGAUCAGAGUACUCGAGUCCUCUCAAAAAAAUUUGUAUCUUUUUUCAUUCCUCUUUUCUUAUUUGUUAUAUAUAUAUAUUCAGGAACAUGAUCAUGAUUCCUAUUUACUCGUGUCACCGUCCGCAACAAACAACAAUGAUACGUAUAUGAAGAUAAAUUAAAAAAAAAUAUCGUAUGAUGAAACGAUGAAAUAUCGUUUCGAAUUGUUUAUUUUUUUUUUUAAGACAUCGCAAAACCCAUUAAUGAUUGUAACGUUAAUAGGUAUGAGUAAGUAAUUCAUCGAUGCGACAUUACUAUACCUAAUUGUUAUACCUAAUUGUCACUUUAGCGCAAUCUAAUUUUUACGUAGUAACGUAAUAAAUAAUAAUAAUAAUAAUAAUAAUAAUAAUACUAAUAAUAAUAAUAAUAAUAAUAAUAAUAAUAAUAAUAAUAAUAAUAAUAAAACACCUAACUUAAUCGUUUCAACAUAGUAUUUCGAAAUGAUCAUUUUUGUAUAGAAAAUUUUAUGAGUAUAAGAAAGAGAAUAAACGAAUGGGAACGAUGUAAAAUGUGAUUCAAUAAGCGUGAAAUAAGAGAAAAUUUUCGCAUCGCAAUCGUUAUCAUUAUGUUUUUUCUUUAACAAUAAGUCCCAAUUAUAAUCGUCAAAUCGUUAAGGAUCGACACGCCCAUAAUGUACUUUAUUAAUUUCGUAUCAUUACGAAGUCGCACGAUAAUACUCGAGUACUCGAAAGAUUCGAAGAAUUUCCUCUGGUCGAGAGAAAAAAAAAGAAAAGAAAAAUAAUAAAAACAUAAAUAAAUAAAUAAAUAAAUGAAGAAGGAAAAAAAGAAAAAGAAAAAUAAAAAUAAAGAAUCAAAACCAAACGGAUCGAAGUUAUAAUUGAUUUGAUUCGAUUCGUACGAUUACUCGUAUCAUGCCUUAAGUGAGAGAAAGAGAGAGAGAGAGAGAGAGAGAGAGAGAGAGAGAGAGAGA